GUGCGCAGGCGCGUUGCCUCUGUUGACUGCGAGUGGAUCUCCGUCGCCAUCAUGUCGAUCUUCACGCCGACCAACCAGAUCCGCCUGACCAACGUGGCCGUGGUGCGGAUCCGGCGAGCGGGGAAGCGCUUCGAGAUCGCCUGCUACCGGAACAAGGUCAUGGGCUGGCGGAGCGGCGCUGAAAAGGACCUUGAUGAAGUUCUGCAGACGCACACCGUCUUUGUGAAUGUCUCCAAGGGUCAAGUGGCAAAGAAGGAAGACCUGGUCAAAGCUUUUGGCACAGAAGACCAGACAGAAAUCUGCAAGAUGAUCCUGGCGAAGGGGGAGUUGCAGGUGUCGGAUAAAGAGCGCCACACACAGCUGGAGCAGAUGUUCCGCGACAUCGCAACCAUCGUGGCGGACAAAUGCGUGAACCCGGAAACAAAGAGGCCCUACACCGUCAUCCUCAUUGAAAGAGCCAUGAAGGACAUCCACUACUCAGUAAAGCCUGGAAAAAGCACCAAGCAGCAAGCCUUGGAGGUCAUCAAGCAGCUGAAGGAGACCAUGCAGAUCGAGCGAGCGCACAUGCGCCUCCGCUUCGUCCUCCCCCGGAAAGAAGGCAAGAGGCUGAAAGAGAAGCUGAAGCCGCUGAUCAAGGUCGUUGAGAGCGAGGAUUUCAACGAACAGCUGGAAAUUGUGUGCCUUGUGGAUCCAGGCUGCUUCCGGGAGAUUGAUGAACUGAUCCGGUGCGAAACCAAAGGCAGAGGGACCCUUGAAGUGCUCAGUCUGAAGGAUGUAGAAGAAGGGGACGAGCGCCUGGAGUAGCCACUGCUAACCCCCCAAUCCCCAUUGCCCUGCAAGGACUGUAUUAAAGGCUGCCCUGUGUUGCCUCUUUGUGGGUUUUUUGCAAUUUUCCAAUUUUUUCUGACGUUUGUUUGGGUGUCAUUCCUGCCCCCAACUUUAGGGAAUGACUGCAUAUCAAGGCACCUUAGAGAAUAAAGGUGGGAAGAGCUCCCCAGCCUAGUUUGGUUCUGCCGGGACUGUUUCUCGCUCUUUGAGCACUCAGUGGCAACAAGGUGUCAAGGGUCCACAAAAUGCCUCUCCUGAAAGACUUAAUGGCCUGCUGCAGGUUUGGGGUAGGACCUCCCGUUGGGAAAGAAACUGACCGUGGCCACUGAAAAUCAGUGGAAAGAGCAUGGCGGUGCCUGAUCCUGCCGCAAGGGUUUGUGGCAGUAUACACACCUGCAAUCCUGUGCGAUGCCUUUUUGUUGCAGCGCACUGCACUUUCACCCGAGCUUUGCCCCAAUGACAGCGUUGGGGAAGAAGGUCUUUGGCCUGCACACCUCAGAUCCCUCUUGUGGCUUGCUGGGUCACUCCUUUGUACACACCCUUCCACAGCAAGGCUUGGGUCCCAGCAGCACAGCCGUGUGCUUAUAGUGGCUGUGAGGUCCCACUCUUGACACCCAUGGGAACUGUCAAGCCAUUAAUCAGACACAAGCACUGAACCCCAGAAAGAAUUGUGCAGAUAAUUUAUUUUUUUUUGGGGGGGGGAGUAUAUUUACAAUAACUUAAAAUAUAGAAAUCAGUAUUUAUUUCAUAGAUUAACCUUUUGAUCUAGCUAAAGGCCCAGAGUGGGCUCCAGUGACGCCAAGCUGCCUUGAGUUGUUUCCAUUCAUUGUACUGCCUUGUAGUUUGGGGGAUAAACCACCUGACUGAGAACUGGUUGGAUGCUGAGCAGACAACUCCAGAACCAGCUUAAUUUCCUAUUGCUAAAAGUUUGGGGGAACAGCUGGACCCAAAGCAUUUCCUGCCUGGGUUUGUGUCAUUCUCUCAUGCUCCACGGGGGAGAAAGUGCAGACUGUUGACAAACACCUCUUGGAGAGCUGCUGCCCCUUUAAUCCUCUCAAAUGCAAACCACUUUAUAACGCAAGACAAUAUUUCUCUCUCUCUAGUAUUACACUGAUGGGAUGACGUGAAUCUUGAUGCCCACGAUAAGAAAGAGUCAUUCAGAGACACUUUCCCCGUAUUAGAGGGGCUGCUGUACAAAUUAAGCAUAGUUGUGGCUUUGUUCUGGAGCUCUGAAAUCAGGGAAGGGCAACCUGUAGCCCUCCUACCCGUUGCUGGACACCAGCUCCCCUCAGCCCCAGCCGCAAUGCCAGUGGUCAGAGACGAAGGGAGUUAAGAGUCCAACAACACGUGAAAGGCUACAGGUUCCUCUUCCCUGUCUGCUUUUGAGGAACACAGACACACUGCAAUCCUUUUUUGGGGACGGAGGGUGGCUUGGAAGAGGGCGAGGCCCGAUUGAUCAGCUAAUUUCUCUGCCUUUCACUGUUUCCAGGGGGUGCACUGCCACUGGGAGAAUUUGUGCUGCUUUGGGCUUUAUGAAAUGUAAAAUGCAUAAUCCUUGCAUUAGAUACCGGCAUUAAAAUGUAGUUUUCUCUUAA